CUGUAAUCUUACUUCCAGGUUCAAUUACUUUUCGAUAUAAUGGAUGGCGGUCACCACACUGUGCUACAGUUCAUCACAGCUGCAGCGCAACUCAUUGACGCACAAGAAGAAGAAGAGUCCUUAAAAGAAGAUACCGAAUCCAUCAACGACUUACCUCCUCCAAUUACUGAUUUGGGUCAGUCUAUCUAUGCCAUCUACCCGGAUGUGGUUCUGUCGCAGUCAUCGGAGAAUGAAGGCGAGCUUGCGCUGGUCAAAUCCACUUCAAAUGGCAUAUCCGACACUUCAUUGAAAGAACUUCUAGCUGAAGCCGCUGAAGGAAAUAUUGAAAUACAAGCUAGUCGAUACGAACGUGGGGAUGAUGAUUCAAGACCUGUAGACUCCAGAGAUACAGGUAGUUCUUCACAACAAUUUCGAGAACUCAGUAUACCUGAGAAAAUGCAAGUUAUCUUCAAGUUACCCAGAGCCGAAGAAAUAUUAGGAGAAUGGCCAUGUUAUAUCGUUCGAUCUGUAAUUGUCGCAGGAUUUUUAUAUUUGACAGAAGGACACUUAUGCUUUUAUGCUUCUUUACCAAAUAACCAGCAUAAAAUUCAAAAGUCUGGCUUUUUACAAGUGAAAGCAGCAAGCAAGUCGAAAACAUUUAGCAGGUGUUAUUUUGAACUGAAGAAUGACGUGCUUUCUUGGUAUGAAAACGCAACAGACACAUAUUGUCCCUUGGGGAAAGUGGACCUCAAAUAUGCACUGGAGAUCAAGCACUCUAAGAAACGAGAGCAUGGCUUCCGGAUAGUAACCAUGAAUCGAACAUGGCAACUACAGGCUGAUACCAAGGCCAGCAUGGUUGAAUGGAUUAAUAUGCUUCAGCGAGGCAUCUUCAAAGCAAAGAACAAUGGACCAAGCCUGAAAAUCAUGUUGCCGUUUGAUAAGAUAUUUGAUGUGGAGAAAACAGAUACUUUUGAUUUCCAACAAUUUAUCAAAAUCAGGGCCGUGGGCAUUGACGAUAAUUUUACUAUGGAUGAGUUCUAUUUUGCGUACUUCUCAGACAUCAACUCUACGUAUGAAAAGAUCAAGAGCACGUGGGCCAUCAAUCAACAUGCUGAUUCAAAGAAACAUACGUCCAUCGCAGAUUCUGACCGCUCGAAUUCUCGACUUACGCCGGCCGAGUCUUCCAUUGCCUCUGAAGACUCGUCAGAUGUAUCGCCUGCCCUAUCCAUAUCAGACCUGUACGAUAAUGAUGUACGUGCCAAAACCUCGUCAGUACAGUCCACCUCGGCUUCCAAUAUCAUCAAUGCCGCAGCAUCCUCAACAUCCGCAGUAACAUCCGCAGUGGCAAAUGCAUUCGCUAUCCCUUCAGCCAUCAAAGGAUUCUUAGGCGGAAGGAGCAUGUCUGCAAGUACCAAAUCCAUUGAUAGAGAAAGCACGCAAAGCCCCUUGGACAGUGUUAAAGAUGAAGACAAAUUUGCCAUCAGUGAUGGAUCGAGCUCUGAAGAAGAGGAAGCCGCAAUGGUGGAUUGGCUAAAGGACAAGCGUCGAUCAGGCUUAAAGCUUGUCUACAGUCUACUUGGCGCGUCUGGGUCAAAUGUGCCGGAAACGGCCGGUUACAGUGCUGGCUCAGCUGUUAGUGACGACUGGCGCUCCAAACCAAACUAUGAUCCAUCGCUGAAUUCGCAAGACGAUGAUGGUAUUGACACAAGGGCUAGGGAAAACUUUAAAAAGUACUUUGUCCUUCCCGAAUCAGAAGAACUUCUGGCAGUGUAUCGAUGUUCCUUUAUGAAGACGCUUCCAUGCUAUGGAAAAUUAUAUAUUUCACCAAAUUAUAUUUGCUUUAAUUCUCGGGCGUUAGCUACGCGAGCAAAGUUCAUUGUACCAUUACAGGACAUUGCUACUGUUCAAAAACUAAGGAGCCGCGGUUACUUUUUUUACGGGCUUAGCAUUCUGACGCAUAACAAGAAAGAGCUAUUUCUCGAGUUUGCCUCCAUGUCCAAAAGAAAUAGCUGUUUCGCCAGGAUAUUUAUGUUGAACCGCCAAAAUCAUUCUACAGAAGACCCUGAGGAGUUGUUAGAAAAAACGAGAACCUGGGAAGCGAAAUUUACUAGCGAAGAUCGAAGUCAAGAAAUCGAGCAUAUCGUCACACCACCUCAAUUGGCCGGACGCCCUUUUCUUCAGAGUAGCAUUCAUGAUCAAACAUUUGACGUUCCCGAUGCAUCGUUGCAUUUCACCUGUUUAACGAUAGGAACUCGUGGCGACGUUCAACCAUAUAUUGCUCUUUGCAAAGGUCUGAUGGCAAAGGGACAUCGCUGUCGUAUUGCAACACAUGACGAGUACAAAGAGUGGAUAGAGGAGCAUAACAUUGAGUUUUGUUCUGUUGGAGGUGAUCCUGGCGAACUGAUGCGCCUGUGCGUCGACAAUGGCUUUUUCACCAUGAAUUUUGUGAGAGAAGGUUUGAAGCUGUUCAAGGGAUGGUUCGAAGACUUAUUACACAGCUCAUGGUUGGCUUGUCAAGGCACUGACGUUCUAAUUGAAAGCCCAAGUGCGAUGAUUGGAGUUCAUAUGGCGGAAAAACUUGGUAUUCCAUACUUUAGGGCAUUCCCGAUGCCAUGGACAAGAACACGAUCAUUUCCUCACCCAUUCGCCACCCCUAAUUCACCAAAGGGUCGACUUUACAAUGAUAUGACUUAUGUUCUGAUUGACCAUGUUAUGUGGCGAGGCACAUCAACACAAAUCAACAGCUUUAGAAGACACACACUCCAGCUCCCAGCAACGACUUAUGAAAAACUUCAAAUGUGGAGAGUUCCCUUCUUGUAUUGUUUUAGUCCUAGCAUUGUUCCUAGCCCGCUGGAUUGGAUGGACUGGGUGCAUUGUACUGGCUAUUGGUUCCUUGACAGACCUCAGACCAAUUGGGAACCUGAAGAAGCGUUAUUGACGUUUUUGAACAAAGAAGAUGACAAGCGACCCAUUAUUUACAUCGGGUUUGGUUCGAUCAUUGUCCCAGAUCCAGAUGAAGUGACCAGAACCAUCACCGAGGCUGUUUUGAAAGCAGACGUACGAGCCAUUGUAUCGAAAGGAUGGUCAUCAAGAAUGCAAGAUAAAGCUCAGGGCUUAGAAACAAACGAGGCGUCCAUUCAAGAUCGAAAAGCACAUGAUGAAACUCUACAUGUUCACAAUGAAUUCCCUGAUACCAUCUAUUGGGUCAAAUCUGUACCUCAUGAUUGGUUGUUCCCAAAGAUGUCAGGAGUUGUCCAUCAUGGUGGAGCAGGUACAACCGCAGCUGGCCUACGAGCAGGCAUACCUACUGUGGUUAAACCAUUCUUUGGUGAUCAAUUCUUCUGGGGCGAACGACUGGAGGAGAUGAAUAUUGGUCUCUGUUUGAAAGAGAUGUCAGUGGAUUUACUUUCAAGCGCCGUAAAGACAAUCACUACCGACGAGAGUAUGAAGAAAACAGCACGGCUUGUUGGUGAGAAGAUAAGAGCGGAAAACGGUAUCAAUACCGCCAUUCAGUGUAUAUAUAGGGAUCUUGAAGUAGCAAGACAACGCACCAUCUCAUCCACUCAAGCACACGUGCAAGACGAUCCGUUAUCUACACCACAAGAUGAUCAAGAAUGGCUGCUUGUUGACCCAUCAUCGCCCAACUCUAUAUCUAGCUCUCACCCUUCCCUUAAACCUGAAUGAUACAGUUUGAUUUAGAAACAACAUUUUUUUUUUCACUUUUUGGUCCACAGUAAUUUGGGAAAUACUGGCCACCUGCUAUGGUAGGCAAUGAUUCCUUAGUUCAAUAGUAUAUAACACCACUUUCCUUUCCGCUUCCUUCCUUAGCUCCCCUGUUAGCAACACAGAUUAUGAUGAAAUUUUUCAAAGCCAACCCUUUUUUAUGAUUGAGAUGAUUGUAUUUGUUGACAUCAGGCGGCGCUGAUAGUCAAGUGAAUUGUCUCAAAGCAAGCGACGAU